UACAAAACGAUGGAGAAUCGCGCAUCCUCAUCACUUGAAGCGCAGGACGAUCAAUUACGACAUUUGUCUCCGAAACCCAAUGAAACCGAUGAUGUUAUCAAUGAUAGUGAUGAUGAGCAAUUCUUAUGUGGCUGCAGUCGAUGUACACCGAGAUGGCUACAAAAGUUCCACAAUGCCAAGUGGCUGUUAGUUAUGCUUGGCAUCUGCGCCUUUGUGCAAAGUUUCGUCGUCAAUAGUAUAUUUCCUGUGGGUUUAUCAACGCUUGAAAAACGAUUUCAUAUGACGAGUACACAAACCGGAAUCAUAUCAAGUUGGUACGAUUUCGCAAUUCUUAUUGCGGUAUUUCCAGUAUGUCACUGGGGUAAUACGGGUCACAAAGGUCGUUGGAUAGGUAUUGGUUCAUUUCUGAUGGCACUCGGUUCGUUUAUUUGUGUACUCCCCCAUUACAUGAUAUCACCUUAUCAUUAUCAUGAAACGCAACUUAACGAAAGUGAACAUGACCAAUGUACAUACAGAGACAAAUUAGUAUCAGAUUGUUCGAAGCAUCUUUCCAGCUCAUCCUUAUACUUGAAUCCGUACUUUCUGAUGUUUUUGUUGGGGCAAACUCUGCACGGUAUCGGAGCAACACCACUAUUUUCUAUUGGCACUGCAUAUUUGGAUGAAAAUGUUUCACAAAAAGCAUCACCUGUUUAUUUGGCGAUCCAUUCGGUAGUAACAUCUAUUGGACCAGUUAUUGGACUUUUCGUUGGUGGCUUUAUGUUAACAAUUUACACGGAUUUUGAUCGUAUCGAUAUGUCGAAGGUGACGAUAAAAGAUUCAUCAGAUCCACGAUGGAUUGGUGCAUGGUGGCUCGGUUUUCUGGGCUCGGCAAUUCUUGCCUUCAUUACAGCUUUUCCGAUUUUAAUGUUUGCUCGAGAAUUACCGGAAGCGAAAAAGCACCGUCUGAAGGACGUCAAUCAGGUGCAUGCGAUCUCACAAAUAAACGACAACGAUAUCAUCGCGAAAGAGAACCUUAGGUAUCUACCAAGGGCUGUUUGGAAUAUUUUACGAAAUCCGACAUUUGUCACCACCAUUGUGUUGGGUGUUUUCGAAUCAAUUGUUAUUAAUGGAUUUGCUGCAUUUAUGCCAAAAAUUUUGGAAGCCGUACUGAGCACAACUCCAACCAAAGCUUCCUAUCUUUCUUCAAUAGUAAUAUUUGCUGCUGCAGCUGGUGUCAUGCUAGGUGGAGCUUUAAUACGUCAGUUUAAUUUACAGGUCAGUGGAAUGCUGAAACUGAUAUUCGUAUGCCAUCUGAUAGCUUUGAUAUUGACGCCAUGUUUUCUAAUACAAUGUCCAGCACGUGACUUUAUUGGGAUCAAUCUAAACUACAAUAAUCAAAGGAUAAGAGGUACCAUCACUAAUCUGCAUGCUACUUGCAAUGCUAAUUGUUAUUGUACGAGGAAAUGGAACCCAGUUUGUCAUAAGGGUACUGGAUAUACCUUUUAUUCUGCUUGUUACGCUGGCUGUACCGAUUGGGUACAAAAUUCGUCGGGGACAUAUUGGGGUAAUUGUGCUUGUUUCGAUGAAUUGGUAUCGUAUGCUUUGGAGGAACAGUAUAAAGAUAAUCAUUUGCACGAGGGUUUUUGUGAAAAGGAAUGUGGAUAUGCUCAGUGGCUAUUUCUUGUUUUGUUAUUCUUUUCGGUGGUUGCUAGUUUUGCUACCGGGAUCCCGUCCCAACAGAUAAUGCUUCGAGUAGUACCAUUCGAACAACGUACCUUAGGCAUUGGUGUCCAUUGGACAUUUCUUCGACUUCUCGGAUUUAUUCCCGGAGGAGUAUUGUUCGGUAUGAUGAUUGAUACAGCUUGUCUGAAGUGGAAAGAGGAAUGCGGAAAACGGCAAUCUUGUUUGGUCUAUGAUCCCUAUCGAUUAUCUUGGACUAUCAUGGCUGUUGCAAUAGUGUGCAAAUUGGUUUCUAUCUUGGGUACCAUUCUUGGCUACAUAACUUAUCGCCCCAACGAUUUGGAUAGCAAUAUAUCAGUCCAGACAACUGAUAGCCGUGGACCGCUAUCACUCACUGUUAACGACGAUCGACCACCGGAUGAAAUAAUCCAAUCGUUUGAUGGUGGGGAUUGAAACAUCGAAAGGUACUUCACAUUCACUUCAUGGUACUGUGUUUGGAAGUGUCUGGUGGAGGCCUAGGCUUAUCAACCGGUAUAACAGACGAGAGAAAUUACAUGCGG